CGCCGCAGCCCGGGCCAGGACUUGGAGCCGGUGUCGGGCUCCAGAGGCUGGGGCUGGCGGCCGGGGCAGCGUCUCUCCCGCCCCUGGCCCGGAAUGUCAGGUGCGCCGCGGGCCCGGCGCGCGGGUGGCCCACCCGGCGGGGGCGCGAUGACAAAGCACAAAGGGACUGCGCGCGACCACCAUCCGCUCGGCGGGCGCCAGCGCCAGCGAGUUUCAGGAGGGGGACGCGCCUGUUCCGGGCUCCAGGCUACGGUCGAGACAACAGGGGCUCCUGACCUUUUUCGGCAUAUAUGUCCCCAGUGCUAUCUAGAAUGUAGAUGGACACUGAGGCUCAUCUCCUGAGAACGAAUGGCCUUUACCCAGACUCAAGGGGAGGCGUGGAGGGGCCCCGCAGUCCAGGGGUCCGCGGAGUGGAGCCUUUCGAGAGCCACCGCAGCAACCCCCUCCCAUAUUUUGGGAAGGCUGGGCCCUGCGCCCGUUAGCCAAGGUUGGACUGGUGUUCCCAGCGAAGUGAGGGACAGGUACAGCCCAUCAGGGACCGGCAGCGCCUGGGAGGAUGGUGCGGAUCUUGGCCAAUGGGGAAAUCGUGCAGGAUGACGACCCCCGAGUGAGGACCACUACCCAGCCACCAAGAGGUAGCAUUCCUCGACAGAGCUUCUUCAACAGGGGCCAUGGUGCUCCCCCAGGGGGUCCUGGCCCCCGCCAGCAGCAGGCAGGUGCCAGGCUGGGUGCUGCUCAGUCCCCCUUCAAUGACCUCAACCGGCAGCUGGUGAACAUGGGCUUUCCGCAGUGGCAUCUCGGCAACCAUGCUGUGGAGCCGGUGACCUCCAUCCUGCUCCUCUUCCUGCUCAUGAUGCUUGGUGUUCGUGGCCUCCUCCUGGUGGGCCUUGUCUACCUGGUGUCCCACCUGAGUCAGCGGUGACCUCUGGGGGCUGAUGGGGGUGGGCCUGUUGAGAGGGACUUGCUGGGCCUUGGUGUGAGAGCAGGCGUAUUUGGAGGGGAUCUGGUGGUGCCUUGAAGGUGUGAUCAGAGAGGGGACCACAGGUGUGUGUUUCCCCCUUGUGUUAAGCAUGAGGCAGAGGGAGACGUUAGUCCAGCAUUCCCAAAGUGUGGGUGGAUCCACUGGUUCCCGAGAUAUUUUUAGGUGGUAUGGGGCCUGCGUUAAGUGGCACAAAAUCAGAGCAAGAAAGUGAUGCCCUUCCCAGUUCUCUCAAUCCUUUUAUGCCGAGAAGAUCUCAGCUGGAUGCCAACAUGUUCCGAUGCCUGUGGAAGACAUGCCGACGUCUCCUCUGUCUAGGGAGCAGGACUUGGGCUUAGGGCAGGUGGGAAAAAUUCCAGACUUUUAUAGCACUGUUUUUGUUUUAAUGGUAUAUUUUUAUUGGCUACUUAUUGUUUAGGACAAGUGGUACUGGCAUUCUAUUUAUUGUGACCUUUUCAAUAAAUAGAUUUAAGUAAAAA